AACACUAGAAAACACUCGACUGACGCAAAACCUUCGCCACGUUGUGUAAAACGCCGACUAAGUUAAAGGACCCAAAUAACUAGCUGAAAAUGGUAUUGGAUUUGGAUCUAUUUCGCAGCGACAAGGGAUUCAAUCCCGACGCUGUGCGUGAUAACCAAAAGAAACGCUUCAAAGAUGUCGCUCUCGUGGAGACGGUCAUCUCAAAAGAUACGGAAUGGCGACAAUGUCGCCAUCGGGCCGACAAUCUGAAUAAGGUGAAAAAUGUCUGCAGCAAGGUUAUUGGGGAAAAGAUGAAGAAAAAGGAACCAGUGGGUGCCAUGAGCGAGGAAUUGCCAGCUGCUCUAUGCGAAAAUCUUACGGAAAUUGUUGCCGAAACAUUGCAGCCCCUGACCGUGAGUCAGAUUAAACAGCUGCGUAUCGUCAUCGAUAAUGCGAUGGUGGAUAAUCAAAAAUCCUUGGAAGUGGCAGAGCAGACCAGAAAUACAGCCCUACGGGAGGUGGGCAAUCAUCUGCAUGAAUCGGUGCCCGUUUCGAAUGAUGAAGAUGAAAAUAAAGUGGAACGCACCUACGGAGAUUGCGAGAAACGAAGCAAAUACUCUCAUGUCGAUCUGAUUGUUAUGAUCGACGGCAUGAACAGUGAGAAGGGAGCAGUGGUAUCUGGUGGACGUGGUUAUUUCUUGACAGGACCAGCAGUAUUUCUUGAACAGGCGCUAAUACAGCAUUCCCUGCAUUUGCUCUAUGCCAAGGAUUAUGUGCCCCUGUACACGCCAUUCUUUAUGCGCAAAGAAGUGAUGCAAGAGGUGGCCCAACUCUCGCAAUUCGAUGAGGAACUCUACAAAGUGGUGGGCAAGGGCAGUGAAAAAGCCGAGGAGGCUGGCACGGAUGAAAAAUAUUUGAUUGCCACCUCAGAGCAACCGAUUGCCGCCUAUCAUCGGGAUGAAUGGCUGCCAGAGGCUUCGCUACCCAUCAAAUAUGCUGGUUUGUCCACAUGCUUCCGGCAAGAGGUUGGCUCCCAUGGACGCGAUACACGCGGCAUUUUCCGUGUCCAUCAGUUCGAGAAAGUGGAACAGUUUGUAUUGACAUCACCGCAUGACAAUAAAUCCUGGGAAAUGAUGGAUGAGAUGAUUGGCAAUGCCGAGCAGUUCUGUCAAUCUCUAGGCAUUCCAUAUCGUGUGGUUAACAUUGUCUCCGGUGCCCUCAAUCAUGCUGCAUCCAAGAAACUCGAUCUGGAAGCCUGGUUCGGCGGCAGCGGUGCCUAUCGUGAACUCGUCUCCUGCUCCAAUUGUCUAGACUACCAGGCACGUCGUCUCCUUGUGCGUUAUGGCCAAACCAAAAAGAUGAAUGCAUCCGUCGACUAUGUCCACAUGUUGAAUGCCACUUUAUGUGCAGCCACUCGUGUGAUUUGUGCCAUCCUCGAGACACAUCAAACGGAAACGGGCAUCAAAGUCCCGGAACCACUAAAGAAAUUCAUGCCGGCCAAGUAUCAAGAUGAGAUUCCAUUCGUUAAGCCAGCUCCCAUUGAUCUAGAGCUGGCGGCAGCAGCUGAAAAACAAAAGGGCAAAAAGGACAAAGGCAAAAAGGAUCCAGCAGCUGCUUAAAUUCCUAAUAGUCUAGAAUGAAUGCUUAAUUAAGCUUGCGAUGUUCUCUUAAUAUUGUUAACUUAUCAAAAUGACUCAAAAACAAAACAAAAAAACAAAUAUUUCUAUGGCAUUUAUAUAAAAACAAAUAACCUUUUUUUAAAAUUUAAUUAAAACAAGCUGCGCUUCAACAAACAAGAACAAUAACUAAAGGAAA